AUGAACAGCUUUGCCGUGUUUUUGGCGUUUGCCUCGCUGGCCGCCGUUGCCGUCGCGGAACCACCAUCCCCGUACAGCUAUAACCGUCCGUCCGGUGGACACGGAGGUAGCAGCGGCGGUGGCUACAGCCACGGUGGUGGCGGUGGCGGUUACAGCCAGGGUGGCGGUUAUGCCAGCGGUGGCGGAUACUCGAGCGGAGGUGGUGGCGGUUACGCUGCCAGCUUCUCCGGCUCGUCGUCGUCGUCGUCGUCGUUCUCUAGCGGCGGCGGUGGCUACCAGGCCGUCCCGGCCGGUGUUCAAACCUCCGAGGGUUUGAACGUGGAUCCCCAGCUGUUGAACGAAAUCCGCCAGAUUCUGCUCCGCGAGGAAAGCCAAUCGUCUUCGUCGUCUUCGUCCGGCGGCUUCGGAGGAUAUCCUUCCGCACCGUCCGGUAGCUACGGUGCGCCUUCCGGUUCGUACGGACCACCGUCGUCCACGUACGGCGUCCCGUCCGGCGGUCACCGUGUCGUCGGUAUCGAUCUCGAGGGUGUCAAGCAAGCGAUCCAGGUAGCGCAAUUCCUGCAGACUUCGUCCGCUUCGGUCCCGUCCGGUUCGUACGGUGCCCCGUCGGUCCCGUCCGGUUCGUACGGUGCUCCGUCGGCUCCGUCCGGUUCGUACGGUGCUCCGUCGCGCCCGUCAAGCACCUACGGUGCCCCGUUCUAA